AGGCAAAACGACUUCUACGUAGAUCCUACCAUGGCCAUACGCACACACCAGCAACCUCCGAAAAUCUCUCUCCUCUUCACCUCCUCAACUCAUGCAAGCAACUCAAGCCUUUGCUUCAAAUCCAUGGCCACUUGAUAGUUUCACGCCACAAAAACGACACUCACACAGCGACCCGUCUCAUCAACGCCUAUUCUUUCUUUCGAAAAUGCGACGUCUGUCACUCCGUCUUCGAUUCCACGCCAAACCCAGCUGUGAUUCUCUGGAACUCCAUGAUCAGAGCCUACGUGAGAUCAAACCGGUUCGGAGAUGCUCUCGGAAUGUACCGCUCCAUGUUGAAAGAAGGUAUGGAACCCGACAAGUAUACCUUCAACUUUGUUGUGAAGGCUUGUACCGGUUCUUUGGAUUUGCAAGAGGGUGUUCUUAUCCACCGUGAAAUAGCUCUUAGGGGAUUAGAAUCUGAUGUUUUUAUAGGGACCAGUUUGCUUUACAUGUAUAGUAAAAUGGGUGAAAUAAGGCUUGCACUCCAAGUGUUCGAUGGAAUGCCUGAGAAGGAUGUUGUGGCUUGUAAUGCGAUGAUUACAGGUUUUUCGCAAAGCGGGGAUCCCUGCAAGGCGCUGGAGUUUUUUCGGAGUAUGCAGUUAUGGGGAUUGGAGCCCAACUCGGUGAGUUUGUUGAACUUGGUUCGAGCUGUUUCUGUACUGGCAGAUAUUGAUUCUUGUAGGUCUAUUCAUGGAUACGCGGUUAGGAGGGAUGUUGGAGCUGCGGUGUCAAAUGGGUUGAUUGAUAUGUACUCCAAGUGCGGAGAUGUUAGUGUUGCUCGCCGGGUUUUUGACACGAUGAAGGGACGUGAUAAUAUCUCGUGGGGAACAAUGAUGGCAGGAUAUCUCUAUAACGGUUACUUCCUCGAGGUUUUGGAGUUAUUUGAUUCCGUGAAGGGUGAGAACCUUAAGAUGAAUGCAGUGUCAGUCAUAAGUGCACUCUUGGCAGCUACUGAGUUGAGAAAUCUAGAGAAAGGAAAGGAGAUACAUAGUUGUGCUGUACAAGAAGGAAUUGAUUCAAAUGUUUCAGUAGCCACUUCUAUCAUGACCAUGUAUGCAAAGUGCGGAGAAAUAGAGAAGGCUAAAGAAUUGUUUGACGGGCUUCAUGGAAAAGAUGUCAUUGCUCAUUCUGCACUUACAUCUGCUUUUGUUGACUCGGGGUAUUUUGAAGAGGCGUUGUCUUUGUUUCAAGAUAGUCAGAAUGAAUACUUGAAACUAGAUUGGGUGACCAUAUCAAGCAUCCUUUCGGCAUGUGCAGAGCUAUCAUCUAUAAGAUUAGGCAGGAGCAUACAUUGUCACACUAUUAAAGCCAAUAUUGAUUGCGGCAUCUCAAUAGGAGCAGCCCUUGUGUCCAUGUAUGCUAAAUUUGGAUUCUUAACCACUGCUUUGUUCGUUUUCCAUAGAAUGCCAUCUAAAGAUGUUGUAGCAUGGAAUUCUUUGAUAAAUGUGUGCACCCAGAUCGGGGAACCGUUCCAUGCUAUGGAAAUGUUUCGUAAAUUACAGUUGUCUGGUAUACAACCAGAUGAAAGAACCAUGGUAGCUCUGGUUCAAGCUUGUAUACUAUUAAAUGACCUCGGUCAGGGUGCGUGCAUCCAUGGGAAAAUCAUAAAAUAUGGCCUUGAAUCCGACAAUCAUGUAAUAAACUCUCUCAUUGGGAUGUACGCAAAGUGUGGAAGCCUACCCUCAGCUGAUUUUUUGUUCAACAGAAUCGAGUUGACAAAGAAUGAAGUGGCGUGGAAUGCUUUAAUUUCAGGAUAUGCGCAGAGUAAACACGCCAAAGAAGCUAUUUCUGCUUUUAACCAGAUGAGACUAGAGAAUGUGAGGCCUAAUUCAGUAACAUUUGUGAGCAUUCUUCCUGCAGUGGCAUAUCUUUCAGACUUGAGACUAGGCAUGGCUUUUCAUGCCUCUCUUAUCAAGAUGGGGGUUUUGUCGAAUACCCUUGUUGGAAAUAGUCUCAUUGAUAUGUAUGCUAAAUGUGGGCGGCUUGAUUUUUCAAAGAAAUGCUUUAAUGAUAUGGAGCACAAAAAUACAGUUUCAUGGAACGUGAUGCUCGCUGGAUAUGCUGUACAUGGCCGAGGAGAUUCUGCAGUUUCGCUUUUCUCUCUCAUGCAGGAAAAUCAUGUCGAAGUUGAUAAUUUUUCCUUCGUCAGUGUUUUAUCUGCUUGCAGGCAUGCUGGUUUAGUAGAAGAAGGCAAAAGAAUUUUUAAGUCCAUUCGUGAGAAACACCAUCUUGAGCCAAAUUUGGAGCAUUAUGCUUGCGUGGUUGAUCUUUUAGGUCGUGCUGGAUUGUUUGAUGAAGCUCUUAGCUUAAUCAGUACAAUGCCAAUGGAGCCGGAUGCUGGAGUUUGGGGAGCUUUGUUGGGUGCGUGUGGAAUGCAUUCUAAUGCAGAGUUCGGAGAAGUUGCCCUGGACCAUCUCGUUAAAGUUGAGCCUGGAAACCUUACUAAUUACAUAGUUUUGUCAAAUAUAUAUGCUCAAUCAGGUAGAUUGCGUGAUGCAGACAAAACAAGAUCGAAGAUUAAAGACUCGGGUUUGAAGAAAACUCCAGGGUGCUCCUGGGUUUGAAAUAAAAACAGGAUCCAUGCAUUUAAGUGUGAGUUAUCACAGCCAACUGCGGUUUGAUACCACAUGCUUUCUUUGUGCGGCAAAUCAGAAGCAGUUUGGGUUUGAGAUAAUGAUUACAUAAUGUUCAUGAAUGGUGUCUCAAGGCUUAUUAGACAUAAUAGAAUUUUUAGCACAAUGGCCCCGAAUUUGUCGUGGUUUAGUCAAUUACCCCCUAAAUUUUUUAUUUUGACAAUUAACUCUAUAAACUUGUAAAACUGUUGCAA